UCGCUAGAGGGAGCGCGGACGAUUUCAAUCCGGUACGUCUUGAUGACGUCACUUUCCUCUGCGACGAAGCGCGUCGCUCGAAAGCAUUAAGAUGCAAACAUGAUGUUUUGAGCAUGUUAAAACACCAAGGAAGGAAACACCUCCCUUUACCCAAACUGCUUUUCUAUGGUCUGGUCGCAGUGAGAGAGACGCUGUGUAUGUGUGACCACAGAGGGCUGCUGCGUCUCCUGAUGUCAGGCACAGACAUGUGUGAGUAGACCUCAAGAACUCAAGCACCUCUCAGAGUUUAGUGUUCCCGCUUCAUCCUCCAGCCUGGUGAGGUCACACCGCCUCUGGAUACGGGAUUCAUAUUUCCUCCGCCAGGACAUUCUGGAUAGAAAUGAUGGUUCGUUAGAAAAGGGGCUGAAGGUCAAGGUGUGAUAAAGUAGAGAAGAAAGCACAAAAGAAAAGAAAAAGAAGCCAACAUGAACCCCAUACGGAAAGACAUGGAGCUGCUGAGUAACAGCAUGGCUACUUACGCACAUAUAAAAGGGAACAUGGAGAGCUUUGCGCUGUACUUCAUGUUGGGCGUGUGUUCAGGUCUUCUGUUGGCUCUGGUCCUCCUCAUACUGGGCAUCACCUGCCGACCGCGUUCAAAGACAAAAACGCCCUCCACACCAGACAAGAGACGACUAAAAGAUUCCAGCGAGGAGGAGGAAGACAAGGAAGAGGAUGAAAGUGAGGCAGGAGAUGACGAGGACCUAGAAGUCCCAGUGCUCACCGUGAGUCCCCUGAGUGAUCAGACCCAGCUGAACGGAACCAUUAGGAGCGUGAAUGUGUUUGCUUCAGCAGACGAGCUGGAGAGAGCCAGAAGACUGGAGGAGAGAGAACGAAUCGUCAGGGAGAUCUGGAGGAACGGACAGCCGGAUAUACUCGUCACCGGCACAGGAACACUCGGUCGAGUUCACUAUCUCUAGGAGCAUGUUUUAUCUUCUGGACACAGUUGUUUCAUGCAUACAGAGAACCACACAUGGUGACAGCAUUGAAUUUGAAAUUUUCCUCACAUAUAUAUUUGUUUCUCAUCACCAUAUGCAGAUAUGAAAUGCCACACAGGACAUUUAUCUGCGCAAGAGAUUUAGGUGUAAUAUACCUUUAAAAAGGGAAGGAUUGAGAAUUUGAUUAGCAUAUUUCUGUUUUGAGGUUGACUUCACAAGCCCUUGUCUUCUGAAUGAUCAUUUGUAAGUUUUUAUAGAUCACUUUUUUUCUUUUGCAUUUUUUAUAUCUAUAAAUAAAUUUUAAAACUUAAAUGUUUGUAUAUAUACAUACACUAUGUAUUUUAAAAAUAAAAACAAAACCAAAUAUUUACAUCCAAUCUUCACACAUGGUGCACCAUAAAUGAGAAAGUGGAAGACGCAGCCCUUCACCUUCCAUUAUUUGCUAAACUUUUCAACUGUCUCUCCUCCGGUUUCCUUUUUCCAUAUCCCUACUCCCCUAUCUUACAAAAAGGAUACAAGAAAUAAUCAGAAGAUAAUCCACCUAGAACCGUAGUCGCACAGUUAGAUGUAUUAGACGAAUUUAAAAGCUCAAAUAAUACAUUUUGUACAGAAGAAAUAAUAGGAGGAGCAAAAACGUGCUUUUAAACCCUCAGGAAUGUUUUUAUAAAUUGAGCAACGAGUGCCAUUGGACAGUUCCAUUAAUUAAGUUGCAGAAAGGUAUUUAACAACAUAAUAAAAUGGAUGUUCUUUGCAAAUGUGAAUACUAACAGAAAAACAACAACAACAAACAAAUUAAAGCGGUCCUUGAUUAUGAUUUCACUUUUUAAACUUGAGUUAGUGUGUACAGAAAUCGCUUUUUAAGGACUACAACGAUCUUCUUCCUGGGUUAGUGACAUCACAAACCCCGAAAUUUACAUAAACCCUGCCCCCGGGAACAUGCAACAAAGGUGGUGAGGCCAUGUUGGGCUGCUUUAGAGAAGAGGAAGAGUUGUAGUAGUAGUAUGUUAUUGUCAUGCCAUCAUUUUACACCGGACUGCUUCACAAAUGAGGGUCAAUUCAAUGCUGGAUUUGCACAAAAGAUUAACAUGACGGCACAUACUAGUCGAUGAGCUGAAUCAACUCCACAGCAACUGCAUAAAUUUAUCCACUAACCAUUCAGAAACGUCCAGUUUCAUUCUAAUAGUUGUAACUUCUUCCUGAGUCUCUCCAUCAGUGUCGACUCCGGUUUGAACAAUGUAAGGCUGAACACCGUUACUGACGAUCCUCAUUUUGGGUGCGUGAGAUUCUCCAGUUUUGUGGUUGUUGAGCAGCCGAAGCACGAGCUGUUAAAGCUCCGCCGCCUUCUGGAAAGGGGGCCGGGAGCAGCAGCUCAUUUGCAUUUAAAGGGACACACAAAAACUGCGUUUUUGCUCACACCCAAACAGAGGCAAGUUUGUCAAGCCAUAAUAAAUGAUCUGUGGGGUAUUUUGAGCUGAAACUUCAGACACAUUCUGCAGACACCAGAGACUUAUAUUUCAUCUUGUGAAAAGGAGCAUUAUAGGUCCCCUUUAAGAAUCUUAAAUGCACUAUACUUGCUGUAAAUCAGGGGUGUCUAACCCUGCUUCUGGAGGGUGACCUUCUUGCAGUUUAACCAGAGAUUGUAUUAUUAUAGGGAGAUAAGAGGGUCUGUAUCUCUUACCAUUGGAGAAAGCGUAACGGCUAACUUAAUCACAUGCGGCACCUCUCAGCCUAUCGCAUCGCCAUUCAAAACUCCUCCAUGAGUACCGCCAGUUAGCAUUAGCCGUUACGCUUUUUUGGCUAAAGGUUGCAGGCUUGCCUUCCAGUGGCUUUGGUUUAACUCCAAUCUCAAUCAAACACACCUGAACCAGGUAAUCAACUAGGCAGAUGUGUUUGAGCAGGUUGAAGCUAAACUCUGCAAGAGCAUGAAUGGGCACCCUGAAACCUGUAACUGCACUGCAAUAUGAGAUUUUAAUCAUCAGAUGGCUCACAUCACAUUUUACUACAGCUGAACAUCAUCAUAAAGUCACUAAAAGGCUCCAGCUGUCGAGAGCAGCAAGACCAAUGCAACUCGAAACAAAAACAAGAUUAUGUGUAAAACAGAGGACGGCCUUUAUUUGAAAUUUACCAUGGAGACUGAAAGCACUGAAUUAACAGAUUGUAAAUGUUAAGAGAACGUCACAGCGUUACAGUAUCAUCACAAAGCAGGUUUCUAAAGAAAGCAGUUGAGUCCCCCAGUGUAUCCUUACAACAACUGAACAGUGCAGUACAGAGAUCAAUGGAAGAAAAACCACAUGAUCUAAACAUGCAGCAUGAACUAUUUUACAUUUUGGUUGAUAGUUUAAACACAAUGCUGCAAUAAAUGCAUCAUUACAAGCUUAGUCUUGAAUGUUCUAUUAUUAUCUACACUUUAAAAUCACAUGAAUGAUCUAAAACUGACAAGAUUUUUUUUGUUGUUCCUCAAAAUAGAAAACAAGUCAAUUUUUUUACACUUCACAAAGUAAUUGGACUAUUUUUUUAGUCAUUAGUGGCAUUUAAGGGAAGAAAAUUAACUAAAUUGGACGUUAAAUAUAGAUGAGAACCCACUUGUCAGGACAAUCUGAUUCUGUACAUUUUUUAACAGACAAUUUUCUCGAGAAAAUCGGCCCAGUACACAGUGUAUUGGUCCGCAAGAGAUAUGCUCCAAUAAGACUGAACCAUACACCAAUGACAUUAUAAAAUAAAAGGGGCGAAAUAUAAAUGAAUGAAUUUACAUGCAAUUCCAAAACAUAGAAAAGGGAAAAUCUACUGGCAGAAUCAAAAUUAAAAGUUAAAAAAAAAAAAAAAAAAA